GUAUUCUAUAUCAAAUUUAUUAAACUGUCGUAAGAGAUAUUGUUAGGUUUUGUUAGAUUCUUUGCGACUAUGAAAAGCGACGAUGAGACGGCUAAACUAGCUUUGAUGGAGGAGGAAACGAGAUGCGAAGAUGAAGAAACCACAAGCAUGGAAGACGAAAGCGAUACCGAUAGCGGACGCGCAUGGAGUGUCGACACAGAAGACGAUGAAGUCGUGAGACUUCCUAGAAUAAAUUAUUUAAACAUGCAAGAUCCGGAACCGGAGUGGGAUGUGGACAGUUUCGAUGGUUACGAAUGCUACGACUCUGAGGACCGUAAAAGCUUCUCUGACGAGGAGGAGUACGAAGAGUUCCGCGUAUUUAAAAUCCAGACCUGGAAGAAUAGGGGGUUUUUUGAAAAAGAUCCUUUCAGGUCUAUCUUCCCCCUUACUGAUCUGGAAGAACCUUGGACAACCAUGACUACGAGGGAAUAUUUCGCGGAUAUUGCUUCCUUGUGUGUUAAGAAACUCAAUGAAGAGAAGGGUACCACUGUGGAAGUUGUAAGCAUCGUGAGAGGCAAUCUAAAAGUAGGAGAUGGUUGGAAGCUGUACAUCACUUUUAUGGCUCGAGAGUAUACCAAUGGUCCUCUCGUGGAGUAUCAAGCUAAGGCCAUGGAUUUUGGAGCAAAACCUCCCUUUCCCAUUCUUUGCAGAGCAGCUUCUACCAUAUCCUAACCUAAGACUUGUAUAGGUAUCUUUAACUCUUUAUUAUGCUUAGUCAUUUAUUCUCAGUUUAACUACUUAGUAUUUUGUUUAGAAUUACUUAUGAGCUUUGUCAAUUUUUGUGGAGGAAUUGAUGUAAA